CUCCUCCUCUUCCUUGAGGGGCGGCGCGAGAGCGCGAAGAUACUCGCGCAGCACGAAGCGCGAAGUCAGGCGCCCUUGCAUAAUCGCCGUCGGCAUGGCCAUCCAUACCACUUUGAAUAGGCUCGAGUCGGUUCUGGAGCAUCCAGGGCGCAAGCACGCGUUGGGUUCCCGUGUCUCCCUCGCGUCUUGAAAUACCUCAACGUGCAAGAUGCCGAAAAUCAAGGCGAAGGUCUCCGGCAAGGGCAAUGCUGCCCUAACGGCCACGUUGUUGACCAAGACCCGGCUCUGCGGCUUCCACGCCCAGGGGAACUGCACCCGCGGCAGCGCCUGCACUUUCGCGCACGGCAUCAGCGAGAUCACCAAGCGGCCCGACUUCUCGCGCACGCAGGUGUGCCGUUCCUUCAAGACCACGGGACGGUGCUCCAUGGGGGACGCCUGCCAGUUCGCGCACGCAGCCGAGUACCUCCGACAGUGGGGCCACUUCACGUCGGGCGCGAGGACGGUGGGCUCCGCGGGGCGGGGCGACUUCCGCCUCGCGCACCAGCCGCCCGACGCCCUCCGCGCGCGGAGCCGCCGCGGCACCACGGAGGGCACGGCCUCCACGAGCAGCGCGGCCGGCUCGGGGAUCGAGGAAAAAGAGGCCGAGCUGAUCGAGAUCACUGCCCAGGCCGUCCACGCGUCGAACGCGAGCACAGUUGCUGGGCCUCCAGGGCUGACCAUGUGCGCGCUCAACGACGCUGGCAGGUACUACGCCGACCACAGGGCUGUCCAGGACGAGGGCUGCUUCUGCGACCAGCCAUACUACAGCUUCAUCCAACAGAAGGUGAAGCCAACCAGCGAAGUCCCGUACCCGCCGCCCCAGCCGCCAUUGCCCCCGCAGCGCUGGCUGGGAGAGCCGGCUCGACGGGAGAAGGCCAUGCCCGCCGCCGCCUGGCGGCUCCCCCUCGGCGCUUUCUGAGCCGCACGCCGCCCGGAGCGGCGCCUGCUGCUUUCGGGCCGGAGGCAAGGGUGGGGUCUGGGGAGGAGGAUGUUGGAGGAGGGCGAGGAGGAGGAGCUGGCGGCGGCCAUGGAAGAAGAUGUCCGCUGGCUGGGAGCUCGCGCGACGGCACGCACCCCGUUUUCUGAUCAGCUGCAGUGGUUGUCACGGUCCGGUUUUGGAUCUGUCUUGCAGGAGGCACAGUUUGCGUUUCCAGAUGAGACACCUCUUCUGCCAUGGGUGGCUCGUUCAUUUUUAAUGAAUUGCUGGUAGCUGAGUGGGUUGGGAG